AUGGUGUCCGACCCCUCCAUUCUCGGUUCCCAACCGUUACUCGCUUACCGCUCUUUCACUCUCUCUCACACUCUCACACUCUCACACAAACACACACUCUAUCUUUCACACUCUCUCUCUCUCUCUCGCUCGCUCGCUCUGGUUCUCUCUCUGUGAAUUCUGAUGAUGUUAUGUCGUAGGCCCCUGCCAUUCUCACUUCAAAUCACCUUUCUUUUGUUUCUUUCUCCCAUUUUACUUGCAUUCUCGCAUGGUGGUGAUGUUCGGUCUCAGUCUAACUCUCCACCCUCACUUCUAGCACCCACUUCAGAGUGGGAAACAGAGAAGAAGCAUGAUUUAGGGGAUUUAUGGUGGAGGACAAGAAGGUCCGUUGUGGAGGGACCUGCUGCUGUUGAACCUGUAGAGUUUUCAUCAUUUGUGUUAGCCGCGGAGAGGACAAACAGAAAAGACCCUCUUAAUGGGUUUAAAAGGUACACGGGAGGCUGGAAUAUCAGUGAACGCCACUAUUGGGCUUCUGUCGGUUUCACCGCAGUCCCAUUGUUUGUCAUCGCUUUUGUCUGGUUUGUGGGCUUCGGCUUGUGCUUAUCUCUCAUCUGCCUGUGCUACUUUUGCUGCGCAACACAGCCUUAUGGCUAUUCACGGAUGGCUUAUGCUCUUUCUCUUAUUCUCCUCGUAGUCUUUACCAUUGCUGCAGUCAUUGGAUGUGUUGUGUUGUACGCUGGUCAGGAGAAGUUUCACCGUAGCACAACGGAUACGAUGGAGUACAUUGUAAACCAGGCAGAUUUUACAGUUGGAAGACUAAGGAAUGUGUCAGAUUAUUUAGCUUCAGCUAAGCAAAUCGGAGUAGAUAAGGUUUUUCUACCUUCUGAUGUUCAAACUGACAUUGACCAGAUAGAAACAAAGAUUAAUUCUUCUGCAAGCACCCUCGCUGACACGACGGUGAAGAAUUCUGAUGAUAUACGAGAUCUCUUAGAUUCUAUGAGAGUGGCACUCAUCGUUAUAGCUGCUAUUAUGCUUCUCUUGACAUUUCUAGGAUUUUUAUUUUCAAUUUUUGGCAUGCAGUUUCUUGUGUACAUUCUGGUGAUCACUGGAUGGUUACUUGUCGCUGGAACAUUUAUUUUGAGUGGCACAUUCCUUCUUCUCCACAACGUGGCUGCUGAUACUUGUGUUGCAAUGAACGAAUGGGUCCUAAACCCCACUGCUCAUUCUGCGUUAGACGAAAUAUUGCCCUGUGUAGAUAAUGCAACUGCCCAAGAAACAUUAUUGCGGAGCAAGGAAGUCACUUCUGAAUUAGUCGAUUUGGUCAAUGAGGUCAUCACCAACGUCUCUAAUAUAAAUUUUGCCCCAAGCUUUGUGCCCUUCUACUUCAAUCAAUCUGGCCCCCUGGUGCCAAUCCUCUGCAACCCCUUUUAUCCUGACUUAACAGAUCGUCCUUGUGCUUCUGGUGAAGUGGACAUGAACAAUGCAGCACAGGUAUGGAGCAGCUAUGUCUGCCAGGUCUCGGCAACUGGGAUAUGCACAACGAGAGGGCGGUUGAACCCCACAUUCUAUGGCCAGAUGACAUCUGCAAUAAGUGUUUGUCUUGCCUUGCACAAUGAUGCUCCUUUCCUUGUUGAGCUAGAAGACUGCACGUUUGCCAGGGAAACAUUCAGUGACAUAUAUCGGGAUCAUUGUCCCAAUCUAAGGCAUUACAGUAGAUGGAUCUACGUUGGGUUGGUGAUGGUAUCUACUGCAGUCAUGCUCUCAUUGAUUUUCUGGGUGAUUUAUGGAAGAGAGCGGCGCCACCGUGUCUUAAUCAAACGGUUAAUGACCGAGUCUUCUCACGGUUUGGAGGGGCAAAAGGAUUAAAGAAACUUCUUAAACAUUUUCUAUAUUCCUUACAUAACAUAUAUAUGCUUUCUGCAUGCUUUGUUAUUGAACGAUAGUUUGUUUUCUUGUAGGAAAAACUUGACUUUCCUUCUUUGGUUUGUCUAGUUUCUCUUUUGUACAAUGUGGUCUAUAAAUUGUUGCUAGUCACGGCUCACAAAAGUGUUUCAAUAUUUUGGUCCAAUUUAAAA